GUGGACGGUCGGCGGAGGACAAGAUGGCGGUGCUGGCCCCGCUGCUGGCGCUGCUCUACUCGGUGCCGGGGUUGUGCCGCUGGCUGGCGCGGCCCUACUAUCCACUGUCUGCGUUGCUCGCUACUGCGUUCCUGCUCGUCCGUAAGGUUCCGCCGCUGUGUCGCGGGCUGCCCUCGCAGCGGGAGGAUGGCAACCCCUGCGAUUUUGACUGGCGGGAGGUGGAGAUCCUCAUGUUCCUCAGCGCCAUCGUGAUGAUGAAGAACCGGCGCUCCAUCACUGUGGAGCAGCACAUUGGGAACAUCUUCAUGUUCAGCAAAGUAGCCAAUGCCAUCCUCUUCUUCCGUCUUGACAUCCGCAUGGGCCUGCUCUACCUCACGCUCUGCAUUGUGUUCCUGAUGACCUGCAAGCCACCCCUUUACAUGGGACCUGAGUAUAUCAAGUACUUCAGCGAUAAGACCAUAGAUGAGGAACUGGAACGGGACAAGCGGGUGACCUGGAUCGUUGAGUUCUUCGCCAACUGGUCCAGUGAGUGCCAGUCCUUUGCCCCCAUCUUCGCUGACCUCUCUCUCAAGUACAACUGCUCGGGGCUGCACUUUGGGAAGGUGGAUGUUGGCAGAUACACGGAUGUCAGCACCAGGUCUGUGGGGCCGAGAGAGAGGGUAGGGGGAGGCACCAGGCCUUCCAAAUGCCUUGGUGUCAUUGUCUGCCUCUUGCCCUACUCCUGCAGGUACAAGGUGAGCACCUCACCCCUCACCAAGCAGCUGCCCACCCUCAUCCUCUUCCAGGGUGGGACAGAGAUCAUGCGUCGCCCACAGAUUGACAAGAAGGGUCGGGCCGUUUCCUGGACCUUCUCUGAGGAGAAUGUGAUCAGAGAAUUCAACCUCAACGAGCUCUACCAGAAAGCCAAGAAGCAGUCGAAGCCACGGGAUGAAGGCUCCGAAGAGCCACCCGAAGGGCAAGCAGCAGCUGGCCUUGCCAAUGGAGAGACCAAGAAGGAGAAGUAGGAACUGCCUGCGUUCUCGCUUGUCGCCACUCCACUGUCCCCUGCGGCUGGGAGCCAGGCACUGCCGGCUGGGGGGCCCUGCACGUAGCACUGAGCCCGGGGGCCGCUACUCCCUCUGCCCGUGCUGGCCGGGGCCCGUGCUAGCCCUCGGCCCCGCCGGUUCCUGGGAAGAGUAGAGCCAGGAGCCGGGCCGGCGCUUGGCGCGUAUCCUUGGGCUGACAAUAAACGUUCUGUGCGCGUC